AUGGAGAGACAAAAGAGCAUGGAGAAAGGGCUACUGAGGAAGAGCUUAAGCAUAAGAGAGAGAAAGUUCCCAAACGAAGACGCUUUUCUAGAAACCGGAUUAUCCAGGAAAUCCCCGAGAGAAGUUUCUAAGAAAGCCCUAAACGACGAUAGUGAAUGUCGUGUUACCGUCUCUGUUUUCCUCAGCACCUUUGUCGCCGUCUCUGGCUCCUUCUGCACCGGUUGUGGCGCGGGUUUUUCAUCGGGUGCGCAAUCAGGGAUUACCAAAGAUUUAGCUCUCUCAGUUGCAGAAUACUCAAUGUUCGGGUCGAUUCUGACUUUGGGAGGCCUGAUAGGUGCAAUAUUCAGCGGUAAAGUCGCCGAUGUCUUGGGAAGAAAGAGAACGAUGUUGUUUUGCGAAGCCUUCUGCGUUACAGGUUGGCUUGCCGUAGCAUUGGCUCAGAACGCGUUGUGGCUGGACUGUGGAAGAUUGUUACUUGGAAUCGGCGUUGGUUUAUUUAGCUACGUGAUUCCAGUCUAUAUAGCCGAAAUUGCACCAAAACAUGUCCGUGGAUCAUUUGUGUUCGCCAAUCAACUGAUGCAAAAUUGCGGCAUUGCACUCUUCUUCAUCAUUGGCAAUUUUGUUCCAUGGCGAUUAUUAGCAAUAGUCGGGCUCGUGCCAUGUGUGCUCCAUGUUUUUUGCUUAUUUUUCAUUCCCGAGUCCCCAAGAUGGCUGGCCAAAAAAGGUCGCGAUAAAGAAUGUCGAACUGCGUUGCAACGCCUUAGAGGACCUGACGCCGACAUUUCUCGUGAAGCAAACACAAUUAAAGAUACCAUAGAAAUGUCAGAGCUAGAUGGUGAAACUGGAAUGACUGAGUUGUUUCAGAGACGAUAUGCAUACCCGUUAAUUAUCGGAGUCGGUUUAAUGUUUUUGCAACAACUGAGUGGGAGCUCCGGUAUGACCUAUUAUGCCAGUACCCUCUUCCAAAAAGGAGGAUUUCCAAGUGCUAUUGGCACAUCGGUAAUAGCCACGAUCAUGGCUUCUUGUGCUGCGAUGGGCUUAAGUGCUUUGCUAUUAAGUGUUUCCUAUGGUUUCCAGUCAUUUGGAAUUCUCCCAGAUCUCACUCCUAUCUUCACUUGCAUUGGCGUAUUGGGUCACAUUGUGUCAUUUGCGAUGGGAAUGGGAGGACUACCAUGGAUUAUAAUGGCUGAGAUAUUUCCUAUGAAUGUGAAAGUGUCAGCUGGAACCUUAGUUACCGUAACUAAUUGGUUCUUUGGUUGGGUUGUCACUUAUACUUUCAACUUCAUGCUACAAUGGAAUGCAUCAGGAAUGUUUUUCAUCUUCUCAAUGGUCUCCGCCUCAUCGAUUGUAUUUAUAUACUUUUUGGUACCGGAGACAAAAGGCCGAUCACUUGAAGAAAUACAAGCAUUGCUCUCCAACUCUGUACAGUAA